AUGGACUCUCACCACCCAGACCCUGCUUCGUUAUGCUUUGAGAAACCACAUACUCGGAGACUCAUCAUCGCCUCUUACUGGAUCGUCAUUCUUCUUGCCGUCCCGAUAUGGUGGAAGACUACAAGCAUUGAACGUCUGUCCCUGCCGGCAUCCCGAGUCCAUGCUGAACAGGAUCGGAAGGUUCUCUUUCCCGUCACUGUGAAUGUCCAAUCAAAAGACGUCUCUCGGGCGUCGUCUUUGGCGAACGCAGUGCGGUCAUUGCUCGACGCAGACAAGUCCACCCUUAAGAGGAGUGCAAUCGACUUGCAGCUGACUACGGGAAACGACUCUGCCCCGUAUAAUGUCGUUUUUGCGGAUGGAGAGGAGGGACCUGCAGUCGGAGGGAGAAAGCUGACCUUCGACGCAUCUUCUGCAUCGCAUUCGCUCGUUGACCGCAUUCAAGAUGACGACUCUACAAGGUUGGCGAGCACAUUAAUGGACCUCCUUUCACCUUACUCGACUUCGCACCAGCCUGAAUCCCAAGUUCAGCGCGUGUUUACUUACUCCCCUCGGUACCGACUGUCCUUCUCUCUACUGAACGAAGACGCUACCAGCGGUAACGCCGCCUUGGCGUGGGACGUUCAAAAAUCCAUUCAGAGACAUAUAUCUCCGCUCUUGAACAAGUUGUCGGCGUUGCACAACUUCACAAUAGAGAGUCAAGUCCAAUUUCACGCACCUCUUGCGUUUGAACCUCGACCCAUCCAGCAUGACGGGCGAGAUGCGCACGGCCUCAUUCACGAGGAUCUCACCGUCUUCGUGAACUCGGCCCAAUGGACGCUCUCAUCCAGUGUCACGUCUGACCCGGUCAUCCACUUCGUCCUCUUCAUCCCCUCCUCAAAGAACAGCCCGCUCCACAUCCUCACCGACCAAGGCUCCAUCGACCCGUCCAACGCCUUCCUCCUCCCCCAAUGGGGCGGCAUCGUCCUCCUCAACCCUUCCGGCUCCUCAUCACCGCUCUCCCGCCACCGACUCACCCAGUCCCACCUCGACCCGAUCUUCAUGACGUUCGCCGCGCAGCUCUCCGCCCUGCUCGGCAUCCCCGGGCUACCGCCAGGCGUGAAGCACCUCGCGCGCGCGGACGGCACGCUCGACGCGUUCAGCGACUGGGAGCUCGACGCACUGCUCCGCCGGCGCACGCUCGAGAACGCGUUCAGCAGCGCGGACACGCUCGCGAGCAUCGUCCGGCUCGUCGACCAGAUCGCGAACAUGCCCGUCGGGCAGGACGUCAAGGGCGACGUCCAGGAUGCCCUCGCCGCGCUGAACGAGGUCCACACCGCCGCGCCGACGGAUCCGCCUCGCGCCCUUCUCGCCUCCGCCCGCGCGCUCACGCACGCCUCCCGCGCGUUCUUCAACCCAGGCAUGCUCGCGCUGCUCUACUUCCCCGCCGAGCACACCUACGCCGUCUAUUCGCCCCUCUUCGCGUCCCUCGCCGCGCCUCUGGUCGGCGCUGUUCUGCGCGAGUUUGCCGCGUGGCGGAAGGAACGCAAGGCCCGUGCAACGCACGCACAAGCGCCGCUGUAG